AUGGCAAAUCUCUCGACUGAUUUCGUCAGAGCGGCCGAGCAAGGAGCAGACCCCAGCCCAGUCUUCGUCGAUGCUGCCCGUCAUUUGACUGAUCUCCAUGAGCGAGGGUACAUCGAAGACCUUUGGGAACUAUGGAGAUCCCUCAGGGAGAUGGGGCAAUAUGAUAUACCUCCCAUCCUGUUCUUUCCCUUCCAAGAUCCAAGAAAAGACAUUGACAUAACUCUCAAAAUUAGGUUAAGAACAGGCGGAUUCGAGUUGAUGGAACCUCGUAAUAAAGGCUGGGAAGAGGAAGGGAGUGUUUGGAAGCAGGUGAAUGACAACCACAGAUUAGUGGAGGCAGCUGCUGACACGAGUGGGCGCAGAGAAUGGGUGUACGUCAUCAAUGAGGCUGAUGUCCCAUCACUCCAGUACACCAAGAAUGUCAGACAUGUGAGGAAUUCUCAGAAUCUCGAAACCGUGUAG